AUGGAGUCUCUGAGUUUACCAUCAGAAGAGCAGCUUCGGCAGCGUUGGGUCGGCACGGAUGUCGCCAAUAUCCCGAAGCCUGCUGCUGUGCUCGACAGAGCUGUCAUCCGCCGGCACUGUGCUCAAAUGAAGCACACUGUCCAGACCUUGGGCGUCGGCUUCAGAGCACACGUCAAGACACAUAAGACUCUUCAAAUUGCCGAGAUGCAGAUGGACAACGGUGACCCAGAGCCCAAAUUCAUUGCAUCAACACUCCUCGAGAUUGAAACACUCUCUCCACUACUCAAGUCUCUCACAAGUGCCAAAGUCCCAGUGAACAUCCUGUAUGGUAUUCCCCUCGUGCCAUCACACGUCGGGCGACUUGCCACCCUGGCAGCCGAUAUCGGGGAAGGCAGCAUCUCCGUGAUGAUUGACCAUCCCGACCAAGUGCCCUAUCUGAAAGAAUUCCAUCAAACGGCGGGCUUCGCCGCACGAGUCUUCCUCAAAAUCGACACCGGGUAUCACCGUGCCGGUCUCCCGCCCGUCUCGCUGAACAAGAAUGGACUUUUGGAGAAACUCGCUCACGCCGAGGCAGAAGGCUGGGCCCACCUGCUGGGCUUAUACUCACACAGCAGUUUGAGCUACAGCGCCCAAUCUACCGCCGAAGCGAUGGACCAUCUUCUUGCUGAGAUCCACGGAUGCAAAGAGGCGCUGAAUCGCUGGUUGUCCCUCCUCCCUCGAGAUCGGGACCUGAUUAUUAGUGUGGGAGCGACGCCACAAAUCUCGUCUUCGCACAGUUUGGCCCGAGACAUCGGCAGCGAUGGUCCCAUGGGAAAAGAGGCUGAGAAGCUGAGAGCUCUACUGCGGAACCCUGGUUCGGAUAACAAGGAUGCCAGGGUGAAAAUUGAGCUUCACGCAGGCAAUUAUCCCAUUCUGGAUAUGCAGCAGGUAUCGACGAAUGCGCGGGAUGGAACCGGCAGGUUCGAAGACGAGAUUGCCAUGACCGUCGUCGCUGAAGUGUGCAGUGUAUAUAAUGAUGGGGAGCGCGAGAAUGCCGAGGCACUUAUUGAUGCGGGGACGCUGGCUUUGGGCCGCGAGCCUUGCGCCAAUUAUCCGGGCUGGGGCGUGCUUUCGUCAUGGCGAGUUGAAGCGGCAUCUACCUCGUCACGAAUGAUGGUUGAUCGAAUCAGUCAGGAACAUGGCGUUGUCGCUUGGGAAGCCGACAGGAAGCGGAAGGUACCGCUCAGUGUGGGACAAGUCGUCAAAGUGUUUCCGAAUCAUGCCUGUGUCGCGGCGGCUUUCUUCGGGUGGUAUUUCGUCGUGGAUUCCGACCAGGAUCAGGAUGGAUCGCGCGUGGUGGACAUUUGGGUGCGAGGGCGAGGCUCGAGUGUGUCGGAUCCAUUCUUGAUGACGCGUUUUCAGUGA